CAUGUUGGGAAAAAAGUUGGUGACUGCCCAGAAGCGAGGGGAGACAAGAGCCCUGUGCCUGGGGCUGGGAAUGGUCGCAUGCUCCAUGAUGAUGUACUUCUUUAUUGGGAUCACCAUUGUGCCAUUCUACACUAAAAGUGUUUGGACAACAGAAACCUUGUGCAAAGUACUGAAAGCCAACAUCAAGGACAAAGUUCUCUGCCCAGACGGCAAGGGCACAGAUGAUGAGGAUAUCUUUCCUUAUCCCUGUCUACAGGUGUGGGUUAACCUGACAGCCUUGGGACAGGAGGUUAUGCUGUAUCAGACUGAAGAUACACUGGAAAGAAAUCCUAAGUGCUCGUAUGUCCCAGGCAAGUCAGAGAACUCUAAAGAAGUUAAAGCACGAAUAGAAAAAAUUGCAAGCAAUUUCAAGAAGCACCAGACUUUCCCGUGCUACUAUGACCCAGGAGGAACUCAGCCCAAUGUCAUUCUAAGCAGACUUUAUCCCCCCAAAGGCCUCCUCUUUGCUUUUCUUUGGCCUACACUCAUGUUUACAGGUGGAUGUCUGAUUAUUGUGCUGGUAAAAAUUAGUCAGUAUGUUUCUGUUCUUUCUGCUUGGCAGUAGAAAAUAAACACCUAGCAUAAAUGGAUGCAUGAUAUUAAAGAGCCUUUGUUCUGCCU